CUCGCGGGCAGGGGCGGGACUCCCGAAGCACCGCCCCGUUUAGCACGUGACCUUUGGUGCCCCCCCCACCUCCUGCGCGCACUUCCGGCUGCCAUCCGGACGCGCGUGCGCGACGCGUGCGCACUGGAGUCCAGCGUGGCGACUCGGCAGAGGGCCGCCAGCCUCGGGCCCUGAGAGCGGGGCGGGGCGUCCGACAUCCCAGCGUGAAUCCCCCGAGGUGCGACCCCGGGAAGACUCUGGGUGCGAGGUUCGGAGGGGCGGGAGGGCAGGCGCCUGGGGUGUGCUCGGCGCGUGGCCUGCAGCAGGGUCCAGCUUUGCGCGUGCGUGCAGGGCGCCUGGAGGCUCAGGGAGUCUCCGCAGGGGCCGCCGCGGGUCAGGCCCGUCUAGUGCAGCGCUCAGAGCCCAUUUGGUACAGGAGGCGGGUACAGAGGCAAAGGGACGCGCCCAAGGUCACCCAGCCCGGAGCCCAAGCCCAGGAAUCGAGGGAGGAAGGUGGAAGCCAAGCGGUUAGUCCUCGGAGGCCCCUCAGCAGCAGCUGAGCAGGUGAGGGGGUCCUCAGACCCCCGCCGACACCCCUCCAGGAGCCCCUGUAGAAAGGCUCGGCCACCGGAGUUGUCGGAAACCCGGACGUGAAGCUGAAGCGGGUGCGACUGUGGCAGGUGGAAACCUUUUCUCCAAGCGGGUGGGCAAGCCAGGGGGCUCAUUGCAAACGGAUACACGUGCUCAGGAACCCAGGCAGCCGUGCACUCGAGUGAUCUCAGGCGGCUCCGAUGCUGAAACACAGGUGAGUGCUGCCCUGUCUGGAGCUGCGGGGCCGGGGCCAGGGCCAGGGAGGGAGGAGGCAGAAUGAGGCACUCGCCUGAAGGACAGCAGUGACAGGCUGGACUUCUGAUGACACCUAAGCUUGGAGCUUCUGCCUUCAGAGGCGAGACGGUUCUGAGCUCAGUGGAGCACUGGGUGGCCAUUUGGGACAGCUUGGUCCUCCAGGUGGAGACCCAUUUCCCCAGUGAUGGGAGGUGACCCAGGAGGCCAAGGCACCUUCCGGCUCCUGACAUGUUUGCCCUCUUCCAGGAGCAUCAGGCCUGUGCUGCUGCUGGCUCAGCUGCCCAAGGCUCAGCACGGGCUCUCUCAGCUCAAGGCCUCCACCCUCCUGAAGACUCCUGGAGGCGAGGCCCUCCAUGUGAGGUGCCGGCUCUUGUCAAGGCAGGGCCCUGCAGAGACAGGCAGGCAGGGCCAGCCCCGGGGCCCUGGGCUGCGAACUAGGCUGCUGGUCACAGCCUUAUUUGGGGCGGGGCUGGGUGGGGCCUGGCUGGCCAUGAGGGCUGAGAAGGAGCGGCAGCAGCAGCAGCGGCGGACAGAGGCCCUGCGCCAGGCCUCCGUGGGCCAGGGAGACUUUAGCCUGCUGGACCACCAGGGCCAGGCUCGCUGCAAAGCCGACUUCCGAGGCCAGUGGGUGCUGUUGUACUUUGGCUUCACUCACUGUCCCGACAUCUGCCCUGACGAACUGGAGAAGCUGGUGCGGGUGGUGCGGCAGCUGGAGGCCCAGCCCGGCCUGCCCCCGGUGCAGCCCGUCUUCAUCACUGUGGACCCCGCGCGGGACGAUGUUGCUGCCAUGGCCCGCUACGUGCAGGACUUCCACCCGCGGCUGCUGGGCCUGACUGGCUCGGCGGAGCAGGUUGCCCAGGUCAGCCGCAGCUACCGUGUGUACUACAGUGCCGGCCCCAAGGACGCGGACCAGGACUACAUCGUGGACCACUCCAUCGCCAUCUACCUGCUCAACCCCGACGGCCUCUUCACAGACUACUAUGGCCGGGCCAGGUCGGCCGAGCAGAUUGCAGACAGUGUGCGGCGCCACAUGGCUGCCUUCCGCAGCGUCCUGCACUGACCUGGGUCAUUAAAGGGUGUGGUGGAGCUG